CUUUGUGACAAGAUGUCAGUUUACAGUUGUCAAACUAUAAUUUGUAAAUGAAAUGAAGGUACAUAGUGAAAUGAUAUUAGUUUGGUGUUCUUUUGGUUGACUAAGAUUACAAUUUAAAAUGAUUUUGGUAUAUUUUAUCGAAGGAAUAGCGGCAUAAAGAUGUAAGGGUGUUAAUAUCCAACUUGAUACAAAACAUGAAAAAGAGUAUACUGCGUUAGGCAUGUUAGUUUCGUUCUAUAUUAAUUUAACGCCAAAAUGAAAAUAUUUGUAAUUAUAGUAAUCCUCUCGAUAUUAUGCGAGGUAUAUUCAACGCACAUAAAGGGUGACUUUUCUACUAAGGAAUUCUUCAAGUUCUUGGUUAAGUUUGGCUUUCAAAAAACUGAUAUUCACAAUCAAAAAGAAACAUAUGGUUAUAUAUUUGGGAACAUAACGUCCAAAGAAAAGUUCAAAUAUCCAAUAACAUUCGCGGUUUUAGAUAGAAAACAUUUCAUACAUUACUACAAAAGUCGCGAUAUUAUUGAUAAGGAAAGUGCUUGUCAAUUUAUGUUCCAAAAUCUCAAUGCAUCAGCCUAUCAUCCGAAAUGCAAUGCAUACGGUCAAGACUUAUUUAGAAGGAUUCCAUGUCCUAAAGAUCAACUGUGUGUGGAUGAAGAUAUGUCAUGGAAUGUGAUAAAAAACAAUCAAUUCACAUAUGUUAUUCAAAACAGUGGACAACCAAGAUUCUGGUAUGUAUCAAUGGUAGCUUGUUACCUGGAUGAAGUGUCAUGCUCAUGGCAUCACUACUCCGGGGCUCCAUCUUUGGAUAACAAAACAUUAACAGACAAACCUCAAGUUAUCAAUUACGACUUUUGGCUCGUAAACGGCAGCCCAAAUCUUUCCUUCUACAACACAAUGUUGUAUCAGUUCUCAUUCGACAGGCAAAAUACUUUGGAGCUGUAUUUGUUAUUUUGGAUCUGUUAUAUUAUUUUGGUUCCUGUUCAAAUAUAUGCAGUGAGAACACAGAGACAUCCAGUAACAAAGCUCUUCACAUCAAGCCUGGUUUUGGAGUUUAUUGCCCUAUGCUUCAAUGUGCUUCACACAGUAAAGUUUGCAGCUGAUGGAGUGGGCUUCCCUGGCCUUGCUGUGUCGGGUGAUAUAUUUGACAUUAUGAGCAGGACCCUGUUCAUGCUUCUUUUACUGUUAUUGGCAAAAGGAUGGGCUGUAACAAGACUGGAGCUUACAUAUAAACCAUUAGUGUUUGGAGUGUGGAUGGUUUAUGGGAUUGUUCACGUUUUACUGUAUGUUUGGAAUACUACUGAAGUCGAUAUAAUAGAAGAGAUAGACGAAUACCAAACGUGGCCGGGCUGGCUGGUGUUAACGUUACGAGUCGCCAUCAUGACGUGGUUUGUGCUAGAGCUGCGAAAUACAAUGAUGUAUGAACACAAUAUGCCCAAACUCAAUUUCCUCCUACAUUUUGGCGCGUCGAGCCUGGUUUGGUUCGUGUAUUUGCCAAUCAUAGCAUUAAUAGCGCUACAAAUUAGCCCGUUGUGGCGAUUCAAAUUUAUAUUAGGUAUAACGUACUCUGCCGACUGCUUGGCGUUCUGCGUAAUGGCUCACCUUUUGUGGCCGACGCGAUCGGAGCAGUAUUUAUUGUUGGCACCACCUGAUUAUACAGCGGGCAUUGAAGAAUUAGACGAAUUUAGCGAGUCUCCUCACGUAGUUCACAGCGACACGGUCGCUCUCACAGCCGCGGAGAGUGUGAACGCGGACGAUGAAGAAGUUAUAUUUACACGACCACACAAAAACGGAAUGGCGUUCUCAUAGCAAUGUCCAUAGACAACGACGAACGUCAAUGUCAGAAGCAUAGACGAAUCAUAGACAAUUUUGUCGAUGUAACUUUUUUAUGCAUUUUUUAACGGCUAUGGUAGCUAUAUAUUAAAUGUCAUACAGAGUCGUGAUGACAAGGUAAUAUUUUAACGAUUUUGAUAAAUUCGGAAUUGGGAUGGAUUGUAAAAAUGUUUGGGACAAUUUUAUUUAUUAUCAGUAAUCAUUAUUACUUUAUAUCAUGUAAUAAUUUAACACGAGCUGUCUAGUAUUUUUUAUUUAUCAAUGUAUUUUAUUUACAAUCAUGGGCUUUUUAUUAUUUAUUAUACAUAAUUAGAAUAUUACCGGACUUGCCAUUGUAAAAGUAUCGGCACAUUAUAGAUGUUUUUAAAGAUUUGCCUCUUAGCACAAUGUACAAUGUUGCUAAUCAAUGGAAUUAGAAAUGUUACUUAUUCAAAUUUCUAUACAUAAGUUUAAUACUAUGUAACUAUCUGCGUUUCUUGUCUAGGUUUCAAGUUUUUGUAGACCUUUUGAAGAAUAUAACAUUUGUAAACAAUUGCUACACCAGAAAGAAAAAAUCGCCUAUAAAAGUAUUUUGACUUUUGCCUUUGCCUCUUUUUCAACCGACUACAACAAAGAAGGAGGUUAUCAAUCCGACUUUGUUACCUCAGAACUUUGGGUGAACCGAUUUUGAUGAUUCUUUCAUUUUAUUUGAAAGCUGGUGCCUUCCGUGUGGUCCCAUUCAAAAUUGAUUUAGUUAUGAUAAUUUGAAUUGAAUUGGCUGCUUUCGUCAACAGAACUAUCUACCUAGCUAAUAAUUAUAACAUUGGAAAUAACAUAAAAUUUAUAAAGUAAAAAGCAAAGUUGUCCUUGUUUUCGAUGAAACAUGUGCAAUUAAUUAUAGUGACUUUAAAUUUACUGUAAGAUUAUUUAACGUGACCAUAGCGUAAAAGUAAGAGAUUUUUAUCGAACAAUUUGAUUGUUACGUGUGAUUGCGGUGGAAAUUUUAAUGUGAAUAUUUAUGUCGACUUUGAAUAGUAACGCGUUUUGUCAUGUAUAUUUAUUACACUUUUUACAUAAUUUAAAAAAAAAAAUUAUAAGACGCUUUGUUCCUAUUGGUCAAUCAUUUUCGCGUUCUCGUGUAAUGUUUUUUCGAAAAUUAGAAAAUUAACGAUUGAUUUAUGUAAUACAACGUAUAAACGUUUCCGAACUCUGUCGAGCUAUGAGUUGUCAUUGUACUUUUCAAAUCAUUAAAGAUGUAUUUUUAGUUAUAUUUUAUAAUUUAAACAUUAACUUUUAUUUAAUAAAAUAGCAUAAAUUAAUCUUUGCUUGAUACAAUAUAAAAUUUAUAGUUAUAGACUAUUUCAAGUAUAUAUAUACCCCUUAGUCUUAAAUACCCGCAACAUGAUAGCCACUCAAUUAACCUUAAUUAGAAUUGAAGAAUUGUUUCUUUUAUUUAAAU